AUGGAGGCCAUCAAGCAAACAUUUCAGCGCUGCAAGGCGCAGAAACGAGCCUCAAGAUACCCCAGAGAUCCUUCUUUCCAUGCAAAAUGGCGGCUGCGGCAUGUCGCUGGUCUCAAUGGUAGUUCCGGCAAGCUGGCUAACUGCUCUUCAGACGUCAUCGAGGUCGGAUCCCCCUUUACCGAUCCCAUUGCUGACGGUCCCACGAUUCAAAAAGCCAAUGCCAUUGCGCUGAAUAACGAUGUUACGAUCUCAUCGACCCUCCAGAUUGUUCGCGAUGCCCGCAGCAAAGGCUUAACUGUUCCAGUUAUUAUCAUGGGCUAUUACAACCCUCUUCUCAACUACGGAGAGGAGCGGCUUCUGGCUGACUGUAAGUCGGCUGGCGUAAAUGGCUUCAUUGUCGUCGACCUACCCCCCGAGGAGGCCAUCUCCUUCCGCAAACUCUGUACUAAGGGUGGUCUCUCCUACGUUCCCCUUAUUGCUCCCGCGACUUCGGACGCCCGCAUGAAGAUUCUCUGCCAGCUUGCCGAUUCGUUCAUUUACGUCGUCUCGAGACAGGGCGUCACCGGAGCCACUGGCACCCUGAGCGCCAACAUACCUAAACUUCUCAGCCGCGUCAAGAAUUACAGCGGCAACAAGCCCGCAGCAGUCGGCUUCGGUGUAAGCACUCACGAGCACUUUCAAAGUCUCGCCUCUGUUGCCGAUGGCGUCGUCGUCGGCAGUCAAAUCAUCACUACAAUUGGCAACGCGCCCUCGGGCCAGAUCUGCGACAGUGUGCAAAAGUUCUGCUCAGAUCUCUGUGGUCGCUCGGUUGAGCAGAUUGCUGCCGAUGCCAGCAAUGUCGCUGCCCAGGAUAUUCAGAACAGUGAGGCCACCCUGGCAGAUGCUACAAUCACCCCCGAAAAGGACAAGGAGCUGGUCGCUCAGCUCGCUGCUAUGCACGCCAGAAUUCCCGACCGCUUCGGCGAGUUCGGUGGUCAGUUCGUUCCUGAGAGCUUGAUGGACUGCCUAUCCCAGCUCGAGGACGGGUUCAACAAGAUUAAGAAUGAUUCCGCUUUCUGGGACGAGAUUCGCUCCUAUUACGACUACAUGGGCCGUCAGUCCAAGUUGUACCUGGCUAGUCGCCUGACCGAGCAUGCCGGUGGUGCCAAUAUUUGGCUGAAGCGUGAAGACUUGAAUCACACUGGCAGCCACAAGAUCAACAAUGCCAUUGGCCAGCUUCUCCUCGCCAAGCGCCUGGGCAAGACCAAGAUCAUCGCCGAGACUGGUGCUGGUCAGCACGGGGUUGCCACUGCUACAAUCUGUGCCAAGUUCGGCAUGGAGUGCACAGUGUAUAUGGGUGCUGAGGACGUCCGCCGUCAGGCCCUCAACGUAUUUCGUAUGAGACUGCUCGGAGCCAAGGUUGUCCCUGUCACUGCUGGUAGUCAGACUCUUCGUGAUGCCGUCAACGAGGCCCUUCGUGCCUGGGUAGUCGAUCUCGAUACCACCCACUACAUUAUUGGCUCUGCCAUCGGUCCUCACCCCUUUCCUACCAUUGUUCGCACGCUGCAGUCUGUGAUUGGUGAAGAGACAAAACAGCAGAUGAUGGAAAAGCGCGGCAAGCUGCCCGAUGCUGUCGUCGCCUGUGUCGGCGGUGGUUCCAACGCCGCCGGCAUGUUCUACCCGUUUUCCAACGACUUGAGUGUCAAGAUUCUUGGUGUCGAAGCCGGUGGUGAAGGGAUCGGUACGGGCAGGCACGGUGCUCCUCUCAGCGCCGGUACCAAGGGUGUUCUGCACGGUGUGCGCACCUAUGUCGUGCAAGACGAACACGGCCAGAUCUCCGAGACCCACUCCAUUUCUGCCGGUCUCGAUUAUCCGGGUGUUGGUCCCGAGCUGAGCUCUUGGAAGGACAGCGGGCGCGCCGAUUUCGUCGCUGCUGAUGACGCCCAGGCCUUGAUUGGCUUCCGCUUGUGCAGUCAGCUGGAGGGUAUCAUUCCGGCUCUCGAGUCUGCGCACGGCAUUUACGGUGGUAUCGAGCUAGCCAAGACCAUGAAGAAAGGUGAGGACAUUGUCAUCUGCCUGAGUGGCCGUGGUGACAAGGAUGUCCAGAGUGUCGCCGAGGAGCUACCAAAGCUUGGCCCCAAGAUUGGCUGGGACCUUCGUUUCGAGUAG